AUGGCGGCAGUUAAUACUCUACCCCGGAAGCUCUGGGAGCAUCCCAAUCCUGAGUCGACGCAGAUGGCUCAGUUCCAACAAGAGUUGGAAAGAUCCACGGGCAAGAAAUUCGAGUCUUUUCACGACAUGUACCUCUAUUCGAUCCAACAUCGGCCUGAAUUCUGGGACUUCUGUUGGAAGUUCUUUCCCAUCAUCCACGAGGGUACCUAUACACAAGUCGUCAACGAAGCCACGCGCAUGGACCACGUACCAGCAUGGUUCACCGGGAUCAGGUUGAACUUUGCGGAAAACCUCCUUUUCUCCAGCCAGACCGGUGGUAAAACCGGCAAGGAAGAUGGGAAAGUUGCCGUCACCGAAGUUCGGGAAGGAGAUGCAAAGAAUGCGGUUCACUUGACAUGGGGUCAAUUGAGGCAACGGACCGGUGCGCUCGUGCAAGCAAUGAAAGCCAACGGCGUGAAGCGUGGGGAUCGCAUCGCUGUGUGCUCUUCAAAUAGCAUCGACACCCUCGUGGUUUUUCUGGCGACAACGGCACUGGGGGCGAUCUUUUCAUCCAGUUCAACGGAUAUGGGCGUGAAGGGUGUUCUGGACCGCUUGCUGCAGAUCCAGCCACGAUGGCUGUUCAUGGACGACUUGGCCGUGUACAAUGGCAAGAAGAUUGAUCUGCGUGACAAGAUGAAGGACAUUGCGCAAAGCAUGGGCUCGGUGUCUGAAUUUCGGGGAAUUGUUUCCGUUCCACGAUUUCACUCUCAACCUGCGGAUAUCGAAGCCGUGCCCCGCGCAGUGUCACUCUCCAAUUUCCUGGCCAAAGCGGGUGGGAAGAAUACUCUCGAGUUCGAGCGGGUCGGUUUCCGAGACCCUUUUCUGGUGGUGUACUCAUCAGGCACGACGGGCCAGCCCAAAUGCAUUGUUCAUUCUGUGGGAGGUGUGUUGUUGAAUGGGUUCAAAGAGGGCGGCUUGCAUUCCGAACUUGGUCCGGAUUCCGUUGCUUUGCAAUACACCACGACUGGAUGGAUCAUGUACUUGUCUGCUGUUCAGACACUGACUUUUGGAUCGCGUGUCGUCCUUUACGAUGGGAGCCCCUUUGUUCCGGAUGUCACUGCGCUUGUCAAACUGGCUGCCCAGGAAAGGGUCACUCAUCUCGGUAUCUCUCCUCGAUGGCUUGACGAGUUGCAGCGAGCGAAGAUCCGCCCCCGUGAGAUGGUCGAUCUGAGCUCACUCCGCGUGGUGACCAGCACGGGCAUGGUUCUGCGAGACGCACUCUUUGAAUGGUUCUACGACGAGGGAUUCCCGCAGCGGGCCCGCCUCAACAACAUCUCCGGGGGUACCGAUAUUGCUGGCUCGUUUGGCACGAGCAAUCCCAUAUCUCCCGUGUACGUUGGUGGUUGUGCGGGCGGAAGCCUGGGUGUGCCCGUGGAGGUCUUCGAUUCAACGAUCGAGGGAGGCGUAGGUGUCAAGGGUGUAGCCAUUGAAGACGGAAUCCCCGGUGAGCUCGUUGCUACGGGAGCGUUUCCAAACAUGCCAACAAUGUUCUGGGGUGACAAGGACGGCAAGAAAUACUUCAAUGCGUACUUUGCCCGGUUUGACAACGUUUGGACACACGGCGACUUCGUCUCUAUCCAUCCCGUCACCAAGCAGCUGGUCUUUCAUGGCCGCGCCGAUGGAGUUCUCAAUCCUUCUGGCGUGCGGUUCGGCUCUGCUGAAAUCUAUCGCGUGAUCGAAGGCCAGUUCAGUCAAGAAAUUGCAGACUCGAUCUGCGUGGGCCAGCGUCGACCGACAGACGCCGACGAGCGCGUCAUACUCUUCUUAUUGAUGAAGCCCGGAGUGGCAUUCACAGCCGAUCUCGUCACCCGCGUCAGGACUGCAAUUCGUACCGAGUUGAGCGCGCGCCAUGUGCCGGCCUUUGUCUUUGAGACUCCGGAAAUCCCAACCACGGUCAACCUGAAGAAGGUGGAACUCCCCGUCAAGCAAAUCGUCUCGGGAAAACGCAUUCAACCCUCGGGCACGCUGCUCAACCCGGGCAGUCUUGAAUUCUACUACCAGUUCGCCGAGGUGGAAAAGUUGAACCGCGCGAGCAAAUUGUGA